ACUUUUUACAGAGAAUCCAACACAAUGCAUAAAAAAUCACUAAAUCAAACCUUCAAAAUGUUUGUUUACAAUGGUCAACUUGUCAAAAAUGUUUGAAUAGCAAUGCCAAAUUAAGUAAAAAAUCUGGAAUAAGAUUUUCUAUGCAAUUGAUAAAAUUUUCUCAGAUGAAAGAGACUCCUGCAAUGUUUGGAAAGGAAAAUAUAAUAACCCAACAUAACCAUGAAGUUAAAGUCCGAUGUAUAAUCCAUAUGAUUUGUUGUAUUUUAGCAAUUCUAUAAUAUUAUUAUUUUAUUUUUCUCAACAUUAAAGUAUAAGUGAUAAGUAACCAUAAUCAUGUCUCUCGAAAUUGUGUUGUCCUUAGAAAAUUUUUCUACAGAAAUAUUAUUGACGAUAUUCAGUUAUUUACCAAAAAGAGACUUAAUUAGUUUGAAGAAUGUAUGCACACGUUUUUAUAAAAUAGUUAAUCACCAUUGGGAUGUUCUUCUUUUCAAUCGUCGCGAGUUGUACUUGGUUACAAAUCAAUGCAGCGACUAUAUUCAAAAGAGGUCUCGAAAACUGCUGGCACCUUUUGAGAAACAUAGAAUAUCAAAUAAUUGGAAAGUAGGCAGGUAUAAGGAGAGUAGUAUAUAUUUAUCAAGGGCAUUCAUAACUCAGUUUUAUCUCGAAAAGAAUUCAAUAUGGAUUGGUAAAGGUGGUUGUAUUAAAUGUUGUCAAAGAGUUGGAAACACAAUUAACAUGCACAGGGCAAAGUACAAGUUACAUGGUUAUAAUCAUACAGAAGUUUGCAAAUUUGUUGUAAGAAAUAAUUAUGUAACAACUGUGAACAGGGAUUGUCUUCGUCUAUUUUCACUACAAAAAAGAGGGUACACUUCUGUUAUCAAUUUCAAAGAAAUGUCCAUGUCUAGUGUUGAUAUGGAAUCCAAUGUUGUAGUUAUAGGUAGUAAAGAUGGUGCAGUACAAUUAUUCAAAAUUUCACAAGAUUCUGAUUUAAUACCAAGUGAAAAAAUUGAAUAUGAUGACCGAAUAUGGUCACUUGCUUUGAAUGAAAACACAUUAGCUGCAGGUACUGCCGCAAAUAAGUCUCGAAUAUGUAUUUUUGUGAAAGAUAUAGAAAGUGGUCAAUCCUUGCAUAAAUUCUACGCCAAUAAAUACGGAGCAGGUAUUCUCCAUUUGAAAUGGCAAAGUCCCUUUGUGUUAUGGUCAGGAGGGUAUGAUUACUGUUUGAAGAGAUGGGACCUAAGAUUGGGUCAAUGUGUACAAACAUUUUUAGACCCGUGUGCUUCCAAAAUCAACUGUUUCGAUUAUGAUUUAAUCAAUACAGUUAUAACAGGAUGCAAUGAUAGCAGAGCCACCUUAUGGGACGUGAGAAAGGAUAAAUAUGUACAGAUAUAUUACAUGGAGUCUGCUAGUCGCUCUAGAAGAAGAUCGCCCAUUCAAAGCAUAGCAUUCGAUGCGGAACAUUUAUUUGCUGCAACCGAUCUACAUAUGAAUAUACUGGAUUUUUCUGUGAUAAAGGGGGGUAUUCAAGAUUAUAGUGAAAUUUUUUCUACACAACUUGUGAUAUAAACUUACCUGAUUGAUAUUUUAUCUCUAAACUAAAAAGAAAAUAAAAAAUAAUGCUAGA